AGAGAGAGAGAGAGAGGGAGCCAGGAGGGAAAGUGUGGGAAAAUUGAAAUCCCGCCCCGCCCGAGAGUCCCCGAAAUGCGGCUCCACUCCUCCUCCAGUCUCUGAGCUCGCGACCUCGACUCGACUCCUUCCAUGGCGAGAAUCAAGCACGCUGCACCAAAGAAAUCUGCUCGCCGUCCACCACCUCCCGGCUCCGCCUCGCGGUCGCCGGCGUCGCCUGGACCUAGCUCCACCCCUGGCACGAGUACAAGCCCGAGGAGAAGCCCCAAGAAACGUGCUGCUCCACGAACUCCAAUUGCAUCGGGGCAGAAGAAGAAGCGACGCUUCAGAUCAGGAACAGUUGCUCUCCGGGAAAUUCGACAUUUCCAAAAGACCUGGACACUCCUCAUACCCGCCGCUCCUUUCAUUAGAACUGUAAGAGAAAUUAGUGGCACUCUAGCCCCUAAUAUCACUCGUUGGACAGCUGAAGCUCUAGUGGCUCUACAGGAGGCAGCAGAGGAUUUUCUGGUUCAUUUAUUUGAAGAUGCAACGCUAUGCACUAUUCAUGCAAAGCGUGUUACCCUCAUGAGGAAGGAUUUUGAGCUGGCUCGACGGCUUGGAGGCAAGGGCCAGCCUUGGUGAUUGAUUGUAAAUUAAAUAUACUGAAGACUGGUAAUAUCAUGUAUGAAGGGAGGCUGUUUCUACGGUCCCGCGACUCCGAUUACCAUACCCAAUUUGUUGGACAUACAUGGUUAGGAUGUUAGUAAAAUUAGAUGGUAGGCACCAACUGCAGUCUCUUAGGAAGUAUUAGCAUUUAUUUUCAUCCCAAACCAUUUUCUACAUUCAGGGAACUAAUGUGUUGUAGAGCUAUGGAGUACAAAGAAACUACUUGGUGGGUGUUUUGGCAGAAGAUUUUCUGUCGAAGCAAUAACAUCGAUAAGAACAGUGAAUGUUUUUGGUUUCCUGUUUUA